CUUAAACUGUUCCCCAAAUGAUCUUUCGGAUUUUAAAGGCUGUACCAUCCCAUCAAAUAGUACUUUAGUAUCUAACCGGGUGCAAAAGUAAAAUUACGAAGAUUUUUUUCAAUUUUCCUUCCAGUCUCUUUUCGAUUCCCGCUCAUGGGUGGAUUUGACAGCGAAACACAAAAACAGGACACACCGUCACACCGUUUCGACAUGCAACGGGAAAUGUAGGCGCAGGCGCACCGAUAUUGCCUCAUCGAAACUGCUCGAAUCUUUCUUGGGACAACAAGUGCGCCGGACGAUACCACUACCAUUACGGCCGCGAAGCGAAAGCAACAGCAACGUGAGCGCUCAAACACGCACACCGACGCAGCCACAAACAAACGCAUGCGAAACACUCAACCACUGCUCGACGGCCGAACAGAGCUCUGCUACUAUCGCCGCUGCUGCCACUGCUCGAAUCCCGAACACAUCCUGUCAACCGUGCAAAGUUGGCUGCCCGCACUGCUGCUGGCUCGGUGCUCAGCGCUCGGUUCGUUCAGUUUUCGGUGUGUUUUCUUUCCUCUCAAACCAGUGCUGCUGUGCUGUGUGUGUGUGCUUCCUUCGCUCCUCUGUGUGUGUGUGUGUUGUAUGUGUGUUUUGAUUCUGCAUUGCCACUUUUCCAAGCGACCGUGCUCGGUCCGUCUUUUAUCCAUCUUCUUCACGUACCAAACAAGUGCGAAAAGUGGUUAGGGGUGAAAAGAUCGAAUACGCGCAGUGCGUGACACGAUUGGAACACAAAAAAGGCAAAAGCGCGUGAGAGCGAGUGAGAGAGGGAGCGACAGCAGCAACAGCAACAGAGACGAACACACAAAAGGCGUAGGGCAGGAAACGGAAAAGCAAACCCCUCACAAAUACACGCACAAGCAGCGAGCACAAGUGAGAGCGCACGUGAGAGCCGCUUGCUAGAAAAAGGACACACAUUUUCCCUCGUGAGACCCUCCCUGUAGGGUGAAAGGCAUCAACAAGCGAACGAAAGCAUCAACGGUCGAAUGCCACAGGCAGCACAGGAAAAUGAGCUACCGCUAGCGGGUGACUGAGUGUACCGUGUUGAGUGCUGACGAUAGCAACUUGUUUGCUGCACACGAAUCGGCCCAAAAACCCACUUGUCGCAGCGUCACCGCUAACACUGUGUGCGUUUGUGUCUGUGUGCCAGGCAAAAGGGAAAACAACGGGAUCCGAUCCCCGCGACGCGAGUUACCCGUGCCGACGGGCAUGUAUUGGUGGUAGCGCCCAUUCUCUGCCACUGUAGUGCCGACGUGAGCAGCAACAGCAGCGCUAGCAGCAGCACCAGCAGCAGCAGUAGGGAGGCAACAAAAAGAAAAAAAAAACAGAUUCGUCCGUGGCCACAGUGCGACAGCAAAAAGCAAGCAUGGCCGCCGGGCCCGGUGUGGCUAGCGUUUUGUGCAAACCCAAUGUGCAGUGAACAAUGGCCCCAAAGGCCUCACGGUCGACGGUCGCUUGAAAACUCCGGCAGGGCGGUUGUCUCCUAUCCGUGGUCAGUCGCGGCGCAAAAUAAAACAGGGAAAUCCCUUCGUGAAGACGGCCAAAGACAGUUCAGGUGUGUGUGUGUGUGUGUGUUUGCUAGUGAAACUGUGAACGCUGAAGCGUAGUGGCGCAGGAAAAACGAGCCAAACACCAGUGAGAACCGCCUGCAAACAAGUGUGUUUGCUGGUGCGGAGAAACAAGCCCGCGAGGAAAUCGAUUCCACGCCAAACGAACGGCCGUGUUGGGUACAUACAACAUCCUUGCGGCAGUUGUGUAACCGGAAGCGAAGUGUAAACGCAGCCAAAGUACGCUUACAGGCAGCAGGACGGUGAGCUACGCCACAGCUCCCGAGGCGUAGUUGUCCUUGUGAAGUUCGUUACCAACAAGGAUACCCCCGUGCAGCACCUGUUGGCAUGUGGGAAAGGUUGGCGCGUCCGACGCGGUAAUGUAACGCGCUGUAACGUUCUACCUGUUUAAAAAAAAAAUCUUCCCGACGGUUCUAUGUUUCACCACGACCUCGACGGACAGAAAAAGGUCGAUUUUCCUAACGAUUUCCCUUCCCUUGCUCCAGCAGGAAGUCUACCGCACACACACACACUGCACCCUCCCUUUCCAGUUACGAACCCUCACUACGAACCGAUCGUAAGCGAGCUUAGCUUACCACCACUUACAAGCUACUUGUUGCAUUGGGGCCACCCAGUCAACCUCUGCGCCCGCGUUUACUGCCGCACCGUUGUAAUAAUUACUUCGCUCUUCCAUCAAACCCCCCCCCCUCCCUCCCGAAAACCCGAACCGCCCGAAGGCGUCGUCGCGGUGCGGACGUGUCCACGGGUUCUCCCAUUCUUGUCGGCGCACGUUGGCCAACCGACGGCUGUCGGUUAUCCUGCUCGCUCCCGCUGCUUCGGUUUGAUCUACCGAGUUCUUCAUUUGCGACCGGACGCCACCGGAAACACAGUAACGACGACCGCGUUUCUUUUUAAUGGACGCUCGGGCGUACACGGCACCCAUACACACGCCGGAAUAGAUAGUACGUUCGCGGCACGAGAACAUUAAGAUGCGUGAUACACGGAUGUGGAUGUGAAAAACUGGCAACAACAAAAAAGCGGAAAAGCAAACGGAGCCCCGGCUCACAUCAUGUAGCGAGCGGAAGCAAUAUUCAGACAACGAAAGCAAUAACCAUUCUGUGAAGAAUACGAUACGGUGAGGAGAUGUAGUCGAUAGAGCGAUAUAUUUUAAAUGGCAAAUCCAAUGUACGGUACUCGCAAAAGGGAGGAAAAAGCAACCCAACUAUGUCAAUAUACUAUCCCAGCACGGUGUUAAUUAGUAGCAGUAAACGAAAGUAAAGACGUCUAAUCGCAAACGCGCUGAGUCAGCGGAAAGCAUCUCGUUACAAGCACUGGCUCCCUCGGUACGUUCGUUUGUCAAACAUAUAUAUAUAUACUCUGCGCCAUUUUGAUAUUAGCCGAGCGUAUCACUGGCCGCACUAGGCGCAGUAUAGUGUACAAACAAUUACUUUAGGCUCUCUCGUGUAGCACUCGUAGUGUGUGCUCGCAGCGGGGCAACAGGGCACAAAAGACAAACUACCAGAGUCAGCAGACAGACAGCCGGACCGGAAACUACAACACACGCGAUGUGAUAGCGUUGGGCAACGAUUUAUGCUGACGGCUGUCAACCGAGAGCGCACACACACACAGACACGCCGGGGCAAUUCGCCAUCGACACUAAGGGCGCCAAGUGUCGCAAGGAUCAGCGUGCUGGAUCAGCGGAAAAUUAUCCCGCAAUUCAGUGUCGACUCCAGGAACAGUGUUGACGGAGAGAGAGAGAGAGAGAGAGAGAGAGAGUGAGUGAGAGAGAUCGAACAAAACCCUUUCCCUUCCCGAAGCUGGUGUGCAAUUUCGCCAAGCCUAUCGAGCCGUGAAAGGGAAUCGCUGCAAACGUCCAAAAUCAACAUCAUCAGCACCAUUUCACUCCUUGAGCACCCUUCCCGCUUUCGGUGCACCUGUGGCCCACCAAUUUCGGUCUAUCGCAAUCGGGCAGGACGAACGCGUACCACCGCUAGGCGUCAUACCGGAAAGACCUACUGUGUUUGUGUGUGUUUGUGCACCUUCGCACUUGUGUGUGUGUGUGUGUGCGUGAGGAUGCGUUAAAGCAAACACAGACACACAGUGCUCGACGAAGGCCACGAAGCCGUCCCAGAAGGUUCGGAAAUGAAGCAAAGCAUCUAAGCGGGAGAUGGUCCGCUGCGUAACAUCGCUCGUCACCCGCCAGUGCCGUCCAGCCCAGGCCCCAGCCCACAGACUGGCCCACUGAUGCUGAUCGGCUGCCAGAAAUCAGCUCGUGCGCAUCUCGCCUUCGCCAUCCUUUCGGUUCGGUUUCGGGCGGCAGUGAAGCAUAUUUCAUAAAUCCAACAAGUGUGUUUUCCUUUUCCGGGCUUUCCAAAAACGGUCCCGUUGGUGGUGGUGGGAAAUUUUGUACGCGCGCGUUUCCUUCGUGCUGGUUGCAGAGAAGCGACACGAACCGAACGAAGUAAAAGUAACCAAGGUGCUUGGGUGGUGUUGUGAGCCAGUUCACUACACGCAAGUAAGUGUACAUGUGUGUGUGUGUGUGGGGGGGUGAUUUUUGGUUGAUCGAUGAUGAACGGAACUCUCUCGCUCAUACUCACGAGUGACACGCACAACAUUAGUGAAAUUAUUGUGCCGCUUUAAUGCCGAUUACACCACACCCGAACAACACAAAAGCCGGCGCUUACUGUUUGCGCCAGCAUGUAUGCAAUCGCACUCCACUAAACUAGCGUACUUGGUGGCGCUCUCUAGCGGAAAGCGCUUGAAGUACAAUGUGGAAAGAAGUGUGAUAAACAAAAAACUGUACAUGAUUCGAAACGGAUAAGCAAUACUACUGUUGAGUUGUGUAUAAAUCGAAACUAUCCCUUGGUAAAUCCACACGCCUUCUGGUAUGUAACAUCAAUUAACUAGCAUAACUAGCAAUCACUAGCAAAAACAAAACAAAAAGCAAAGCGAACCGAAGCGUCGAUUCGCUGCUUUAAAUCGACCAUCGAUUUCAAAAUCUCUAUUCCAUCCAACAACCAAAACACAACGCAGCUGAAGCCCAGCCCGCCAUGCCGCGCUGUUACAUCGUGAAAAAGCAACAACCCCCGGCGAUGCCGGCGUACCGGAACCGAACCACGGUGGUAACCGCCACCGGUGGCUCCGGCAACCAUCAUCAGCAGCAACAGCAACAUCAAACGACCACCAGACAGGUGGUGGUGGUCAAUGGUAAAUCGCUCAAGGAGCCAAGUGAACAGGGCAACCGUACCGCCACAGUCCGGUCAGCCGGCGCGGCCAGAGGCGGGGGCAGCGGUGCCGGCUUGAGUGGUAGCAGUGCCUUGGGAAAUGUUAUUGUGAAAAACGGCAAAGAGCCAACGGGCGGCAACGGUUUGGUGCUGCUGAACAGUGUCAGUGUCAUUAGUGGUGGUCCGGCCGGCAGUGGUGGAGUGUUGGAGAGCUCCAGCAAGCUGGACGGGGCCAGCGGCCGCAAGGCCGACAGUGUGGGCAGUGUUAGUUUUACGCUGGCGAACGGCCAGAGCACGGUGGGCAGCAACGGGGCCGGCAUUGUGCAGCGCAAGGAUGAUACGAGCGGCCCGGUCAGCCCGACCGAGGGCUGCGUUGCGCCGAUCUAUUACACCAACAUUUCGGAAAACAAGAGCGGAUUCACCAUACCUCUGAGCGACUUCCGGACGUUCAAAUGUGGGCCAAACAACAGCAACAGCAACACCAAUCUAAUCAACGUGAAGACCAACUCCUCCCGGCAUCUGUCGGUAAGUGCUUCCCCUAGCCAGCCGCAACCGGACACGGGCGCCACUGCACCGGGCCCGAUCGUGACGAUACGGGCGGCCGCAUCCAACGGUGGCCAGCAGCAACCACCAGUGCUGCUCGCCUCGAUAGGCGCUAAAUCUGGCCGUAAUAAUCCUAAUUAUGGCAUCGGCAGCAGUAACGCCAAUGGGCCGAACAGCAUCACAACGUCACCGUUGCCGGGGACGACCACGGCAACGCUAAUUUAUGCCGAAACGACCCCCGUUGCGCCGAUUGUGGCGGCGGCCGCUGCAGCUCAAGUGUCCGAUAAGAGGCAAGAUAAAUCAUCGCUCGUUUCCUCGUACCACAAGUCCGUAACAGGUCGGCAACAGCCAGCCACGCUGCUGGUGCAAACUGCCGCCACGCAACACGCUCAGCAACAGCAUCGCACGGAGCAACAGUCAAGUGCUGCCGCCAUGUACCAGCCCCAUUCGCAAACACCGGCGACGGUCGCAUCCUCCACCACGACUGCGCCCGCCUGCUACGACACAACGGCGGCCAUAUUUCGCGAUCGCAGCAUAGAAGAAACGGAAGCCGCACAUGAUUUAUUGUCACUGUCCCAAAGCCUACCGCCCCUGACGGCACCGUGCGUCGUUACGAUCCUGCACCCGGGGGGCACUGGUGCGUCGAGCGAACCGCUGCCGCUGGUGGGAUCCACCAGCCCGCAGCAUACCCCGACCAAUGGAGCACAAAAUCAUCAUCCGCCACAGCAGCCGAACGCGCCCUGCCAGGGCGGCAUCAUCAGUAUUGUGGAGGCGGCCACGGCAGCUAAUUACCAGUGUCCGCCCGGAUCGGGACCAAUCUCGAUGAUAAUACCCUGCUACGAGCUGACGACAACGAUGUCGGCUUCGGCGCACAGUGACGGUGAAAGUGCAACGACGAUAAAAACCAUCUCACCGUCCACCGCCGGCCCGCUAACGCCGCCCACGUCCGAGCACUCGUCCGACACGGAAUGUUCGGCCAGCUCCGUCUCACCCGGCACCUCCUGUUCGUCCUCCUCGAGCGUGUUCUCCUUCGUACACUCAAGUUCCUCGUCAAUCGCUUCCAAAUAUUCACCCUCACGCUCGUCCAACGGUACACCGCCGGUCCCGGAGGCUCCCCCGACCGGCCGACGGACCAGUCGCCGGCCACACCAGCAACCAUCGGCCAGCAGCUCCGUCACGUCGGUGAUUGUCAACGGUUCCGCGCUUGCCGCUGGGACGGCGCCAGUAACUCGCAAGCAUAAAUCUUCCACACCUUCCACUUCCGGUGGCACGGCGGCCAAGGUGCCCGCCGUAAGCGCCAGCGCCAAGGUGGUUGCUCCCGCGCCCGGCCAAAAGCUCUCGGGCAGUAAGACGGCCGAGCUGUACACGUACGAUGAUCUGAUAUCGAGCGACGGUCGGUCGAAAAAUCGCAAGAAAGCUUCCAAGGAAACCGCUCCGGUGCAGGCCGUCGCCGCUUCACACUCCUCCAAAACGGGCCCGCCGGCUUCUCACGCUUCGAAAGCGGACGGUCCGGACCAAUCAACGGCAGGGGAUUGCGAUUCGUCCGGCGAGUCGGCGACCGCCUCGAACGGAACGUCCAACGGUAAGGGCAAGUACAAGUGUCCCGAGUGUGGCAAGCAGUACGCCACCUCGAGCAAUCUGUCGCGCCACAAGCAAACGCACCGCAGCCUGGACUCGCAGUCGGCCAAGAAGUGUGUAACCUGCGGCAAGGCGUACGUCUCCAUGCCCGCGCUGGCAAUGCAUCUGCUUACGCACAAGCUGUCGCACAGCUGCGGCGUCUGUGGGAAGCUUUUCUCGCGGCCCUGGCUGCUCCAGGGCCAUCUGCGGUCGCACACGGGCGAAAAGCCGUAUGGCUGUGGUCAUUGCGGCAAAGCGUUUGCCGAUCGGUCGAACCUGCGCGCCCACAUGCAGACACACUCCACGGACAAGAACUUUGAGUGUGGCCGGUGUCACAAAACGUUCGCGCUUAAGUCGUACCUCAACAAGCAUCUGGAGUCGGCCUGCUACAAGGAUGAUGAUCCGAACGGCCCUGGGCCCGGGGAGGGUGACAACUCGCCUGUCAGUGUGAUCGGUGGGCGGAAGAUCUACCACAGCAGCCAGGACAUCGAUCGGGAUGAGUACGCGAUGCGUAUGGCUAGCGGUAGGCAGAACUAUCACAACGAUGACAGUUGCUCGACGACCACGAUCGAUGUCGUGACGGCUGAUCCGGGGGAUGAGGACGACGAUGAAGAAGAUAUCGAUAUCAUUACGACGUAAUGGACGUCACCGGCAAUGCUCUGUACUCUUUGAACUGUUUCUCUUGCGACUGAUUUCGACUCCCCUUUCGCGAAAAUGUCUGCUCUUUACUCUGAUCCAAUCAUCUCCGAAGUCUCCAAUAACAUUUUUUGCGUUCCCUUCAUAGCCCUUCACUGCCUUCCUGUCUCGUAGGCUCAAGUUGACUCACAGCAAUCAAGGCAUCAGUAGCCAAACCACCAAACCCUCUAAAUUACUGUCAUCCGUACCGCCUCGGAUCGGAAAGCUGUACCGGAAAUGUCACAAACCCGGUUUCCUACCUCAACCACUUCAACCUUCCUUUCAAUAUCUUUUAGGGCCUCUUCUUCAAACUAAAAAAAAAAGAACCCUCACUCUUCCUGAUCUGCAGCAGCAGCUCCGCGACAGGAAAUUGACAGGCAAAUCUAAAAUUGCCGCUCGGCAGCAAAACUUCUCCGUCGGCACCCAACGGGACAGGUGUGAAAAAUUAAAGAACCGUUCGGGGGCCGGAAAACGGAAAUUAGUUGGAUUUUCGAAUCCGGCUCGCUUAGCAGUGGAUCAAUUGCUAGAGCAGCCGAAGCGGGAAUCUACUGUACAGCGGCUGUACUACAAACUGUUAGCUUGAUGUAACCUUUGCUGAUGUAAGAACCCUAGGACAUAGUGGUAUUUAAGUGUCCUCGGGGGAGAGAGAUUGAUAAGGGACAAUAUUGGGCAGCUAUCUCGAACAUGGAUACAACAUUCCAUCAACCAGUUUUAUGAAGGACCUACGCUGGCUUUGCCACGAAUUUCUCUCCAAACUAAUCAACCCAACGAAACCCAACGACUUGAAAAUUUAAAUAACUUCACUCCAAAUUACAACAAAUUGAAGAAUUUGCAUGGAGCGCACGAGCAUCUUAAGAUUGCUCGUUUGAAAAACGAGGGAAAGAGACAUCAUUCAUUUUAGUCCACCUUAUGCAAAGAAACACACUCUCUCUCUCUCACUCGUACUAUGAUGCCACCCAAAAGCGCACGCCAAUGACAUUCCAUUUCCGCGUAGCAAGCGCGAGCUUGCGCGCACACAUACACAUCCCUACUACUAUUCGCUCGGCUGCUAUUUAGCUAAGGAAACCGGGACCGGGAGGCGCACAUUGAUGAAAAGUAAUUUUGAAAGAAAAUAAAUUACUUUUAAAUGAUGACUCAUUGCCCUAUCGGUGGUACGCCGAUACGCAGUGGCCCAAACGCUUUGCGCGGAACGCACCAGCACAGUAUCGCAACGUCGCAACGCGCACCGGAAGCGGACGCUACUGGCGCGUUCAAAUUUAGCCCACACUGCCACGCUGGUGGCAAAAAGGUGGGUGAUUUGUCCUAGGCGAAACGGUGUUUUGGUCCUUCGUCCCCGGGCAGGGCUCGCCCUGGAAGACGUUCAUUAAAGGGCGAUGGUUUUCCUUUCU